AAAACAACACGUUCAAGAUCGCCCAACGACACAAUGCAUCUACCUGCAACGCAUGCAAGUCUCUCGUGGAGGCUCCGGGGUGAUGAAGCAAGCCCCCUUCAUUGAGAGGAUGAUUUCCCACCGAGGAAACGAGUAACCGAGUUCCCUGUAUGCCCAAGGGCGGUCGCGGAGUCUUCAGACGCCACGGGCCGGUCGGUGUCUCGUUGGGUUGGAGAGCGAUUUGCUGCUGCCUCGACACUCCAAGGUCAACGGCAGCGAUGUUCUGCACCUCGGAUCGCAUCGACACAGCCAGAGAUCUUCUCCGUCGCUCCAACAUCUACAGGGGCAAAGGCACGCGUGUUUAAGAGACACCCGAGCGAACAAGAGGUCAGUCAUUUGGGUGGCUUUGCUCAUCGCAACCCACCCUUGGCGCUGCAUUGACGGCAACGACCACUGCUGCUGGAGGAUACCGAUUUUGUGGUGGUGACAUUGACGCCGUGGGAAAUCGGAGGGGCGAAGAGAGAGAGCGAGAGAAGAAGAAGAGACUGAGAGGUCGGCACACAAGUGCGUGGCUUUCGGGCACUGGGCAGGCAGCGGUGAGCCACUAAAACAAGGUUAGGGAUGCCUCUGGCCUGACGUGGUAUGAUUUACUGCCCGACAGCCAUAAUGGCCAUGCAGCAGGAUGAGGCCCUGAGCCGGGUGGUGGUGCUGCUGCCCCCUGAGCCGGCAGUAGGGACAGAGCUGCCCGAACUAUGCGCCAUCAGAGAAUCGGCGAUCGGUGGUGAUGCGGAGAGCACUGAGCCGCCAAUGUCGACGGAGGAACCCUGCAUGGAGAAACCGCGGAGACAUUCGAACGACGAGGAGUCGGAGCAGAGCGACCACCUCGAUGAGUUUUGCUUUGACUUCCAGCCGAUGCGGAAGAGGCACACGCGGUCCAAGAAGGGCCGUUAUUUCCAGCAGAGCCGCUUCUCAUCCACCGAGCUUCGGCCCCUCCGGAGGGAGCUGAUCCGGAGUGAUGCAGUCGAGGACUCCGAGCACAGCAAACGCUUCCAGGAGUUUUGCACGAAAAUCGCACGCAGGAGGAGCUAUGAGGGCAGUGGCGGAGGUGGCGACUCCAAGGACAGCCAGGAGGACGAGCUCCUCUCAGACCUCAGGACGUACGGUGGGUCCAGGAUGCGAAGGAGCAUGACCGGGGGUGCGGAGCAGGGCCUCAUAUCUGACCUAGAGCGCUGGAAGGUGGCCGGCAGCAGUGGGGACACAGACCAGCGAAAGUGGCGCUUGGAGUCGCGGUCAGACUCGUGCUCAUCGGGCAAAGAGCGGGUGCGCAGCAGCGCCAGCGGCGAGUCGGACCACAGCCUGCUGCUGCAUGACACGCGCAAGGAGCGCCACCGCAGCAGCGCCAGCGGAGAAUCCUCGGAGCACGAGAUCUUCCACGAGUGCCACUCGGACGUCUUUCGCUCGCGCAGCAGCAUCAUAAAGUACCUGGAGGAGAUCGACGACUGCUCGGACCGCCACUCGGAAGCCUCCAACCCCAAGGAGGAGCCCGACCUCGGAGACCCGUGCAAGGAAGUGAGUGACCUUCACCACCACCUCCAUCAGCACCACCAUCACCACCGCCGGUCGCCCCAGCCCAUCCUGCCUUGCUCGACCCUGGACACGCAAACCGAGGAGGCAGCUGCGGUGCCCACGACAGACAAUGCUCUGCUGCCGGCCAUCGUGGAGGAUGACUGCAUGCAGAUGACGCACAAGCUGCUGCACCCGUAUGAGGACGUGCGGGAAGGCGAGGACGACGAUGACGACGACGAUGACUACUACAAGGCGGUGGGGACGGCCGGUGGCUGCAGCGGUGGAGGAGGGGGAGAGGCCACGGCAUCGGGCGACGCCGGGGACGAGGACGACGAUGACGACGACGAAGAUGACAACGAUGGGAAGGACGUACUUCCGGGGCCGGUGAGGCAGGAGCCACGCCGAGCCGGAGUCGGCGGAACCGCCGGCGGCGCCGCUGGUGCUGGAGUGCGGAUACGCAUGCUGCAGAACCGCUCAACGGGCGGUGGGAUCCUGGACGGACUCUUCGGGUGUCUGCGACCCGUGUGGCACAUCUUUGGGCGGAACUACACGGCCGAGCCCAAGGUGCAGCAGCAAGGUAAAGACAGCUGGGAGGUGCCGUUUGAGGAGAUCUCGGAACUGCAGUGGUUGGGCAGCGGCGCGCAGGGCGCCGUCUUCCUGGGGAAGUUCCGCGGAGAGCACGUGGCCGUCAAGAAGGUGCGGGAGCAGAAGGAGACCGACAUCAAGCACCUGCACAAGCUCAGGCACCCCAACAUCAUCACGUUCAAGGGUGUGUGCACACACGCUCCCUGCUACUGCAUCAUCAUGGAGUACUGCGCGCAAGGUCAGCUGUACGAGGUCCUGCGCGCCGGCCGCCGCAUCAGCCCCGAGCUGCUGGUCGGCUGGACGCGGGGCAUUGCUCGUGGGAUGAGCUACCUACACCUGCACAAGAUCAUACACCGCGACCUAAAGUCGCCCAAUGUGCUCAUUACGCACGACGACGAGGUCAAGAUCUCCGACUUUGGAACGUCCAAGGAGAUGCGCGAGAAGAGCACACGCAUGUCGUUCGCCGGCACCGUGGCGUGGAUGGCACCCGAGGUCAUCCGCAAUGAGCCCGUCUCCGAGAAGGUGGACAUCUGGUCGUUUGGCGUGGUGCUGUGGGAGCUGCUCACAGGAGAGAUCCCGUAUCGCGACGUUGACUCGUCAGCCAUCAUCUGGGGUGUGGGCAGCAACAGUCUUCACCUGCCCAUUCCUGCCUCCUGUCCUGAGGGAUUCAAGAUUUUGCUCACCCAAUGCUGGAACAGCAAGCCCAGGAACCGGCCGUCUUUCCGUCAAAUCCUGCUCCACCUGGAGAUUGCCGCAGCCGAUGUGCUGUCGACACCCCUGGAGACCUUCUUCCACUCACAGGCUGAGUGGCGCGAGGAGGUGCACAGUCAGUUUGAGAAGAUUCGCACGGAGGGCGCCAGCAUACAUCGGCUGGACGAGGAGCUCAUAUCACGUCGCCGCCAGGAACUCAGGCACGCGCUGGACAUACGGGAGCACUAUGAGCAGAAGCUGGAGCGUGCCAAUGGGCUGUACGCAGAGCUCAGCACCCUGAUGCUGCAGCUGGAGACAAGGGAGAAGGAGCUCAACAGGAAAGAGCAGGCCAUGGCAAAAGUCUACUCCAGGAUCAGCAAACAGCACAAGGACCAUCCUGUGGCUCACUCCAGCACGCGGAAGAAGGGAAGGCUGCACUUCCGAAGGACGGACGUGUUGGGGUCAGAGGGCAUGUCGCGCAGCCUCGACUCGGUUUCGCCGCAGGGCAAGGCCCGGUCGCCGCGCUCACACGUUGGGAAGCUGCGACAGCAGCUGGUGGCUGCCCACAGCCUGCAGGGCAGCGUGCACCUCGACGCAAAGCAGGCUCUGCUGCAGCGGCCGUCGACAGACGGGGACGCCACCACCGCGGACCCUCAGCACUCCUCCAUGCCCUGUCUGGGCCCCAAUGCUGAGACACAGAGCUGCCCCGACAUCAGGAAUUCCGACCGCCUCAGUGGCUCCAGCCAAGAUCCCGUCAGCUCCGUGGCAGCAACAGAAGGGUCAUCGUUGAGACUGGAAGAGCAAGCUGCUGGUGGUGAUGGCGGUGUUGGUGGUGGUGAUGGAGACAGUGCUGGUGAUGGUGCAAGUUCCAGUGUGGUAACAGGAGGCUGCAGGACCUGCCCAGGUCAGCUUUCAAAGAGCAGCAGGCAUGAGGGGCGUAUACACACCAAGGGCACCGGCGAGACCACGGACGAAGAAGGGGAGGUGGAAAGUGAAGCAGAUUUUCUGCACAAAACAAGGUCUCUUCUCGGCGCCAGCAGCUCAGCCUCUGACAGCCACAGCUCGGCGUCGGAGGAGGAGCGGGAGCGGUCAUCGGAGCACUUCGGUCGGGGCUGCCACAGACGUGGAGAGCGACCUCCUGGCCUCGGCACUCACCAGCUCCACCGAGCUCAGCGGCGGCGGCGGUGGCGGCAGUUUUGUUGGAGGUGGCGCCGGGGGCAGUGGUGGUGCUGGUAGUGCCAGCGGUGGUAGGGGUCACAGUGCGGUUGGUCGCGGUGUCGGCGGUACUGUAGCGAAGCCGACCACGGCGAGCAUCUGCCGUGGAUUCGUCGACUUGGAUGUGGAUUAAUUGGGCAGGUGCCUGCCAGCUGAGCGAGAUCCAUUGUGACAAGAAGUCCUCAUCUGGCCAUGGCCAUUAUGCUGAGCCAACGCAACAAAUGUGGCCAGCAGAAUAAGAAAUAGUACUUCAUGUUUCCCUGACCCGAGCAAUGCUUUCGCAGAUUGCUGAUGUUUGUUUGGAAUAUUUAAUUAAUUAAAGGGAUUUAUAUUGAUUUUCAUCGGCUUUCUGUAAAACCUUGUUUGGCGAGUCAGGAAAAACCUGAAUUUAUUAUGUCUGCCUGGCCAGUGGUGGACUUUUUGGUAGGAACUAUGAAAUACUCAAAUAAUAUGACAUGUUUGAGCCAGGUUUAAAGAAGUGACAUUGCUGGAUGCUCAUCCAUUUAAUUGCAUAAUAAUGUGUUUUUUUAAUUUAAGGCUUUCCUUUGACAGGGUGUAAAUAGCACUACUAUAAAUGUAAGUUGUAGGCUGGGUACUAGAUCUGUCAAAGUGUUGAAUUGACAGUUGAUUUCCAGAAUAGUGCAGCAGUCAAAACGUUGGUGCAAGUUUAUUAAAUCCUCCUCGACUCUGUCCAUCCAGCAACAUAAAUGGAUACACUACAAUCGAUCGGCAGGUCGUGUGUGGCAGGGUAAAGUGUGGGUACUCCGACAAUUUAUUAAUUUAUGAUACUUGUUUACCCACAAAUGCCUCACCGAAUCCAUGACUCUUUUUCAGGAGGGGUCCUGCCACCUCUUCCGAGAUGUCUGGCCAGUGUGCUAGAGUUGGCCAAAUUAUCCUUGAGGGCCUCUCUCGAGCUCCCUCGAGUGGACGCACUUCUGCCAACAGUGGCGUGAGCGAGCAAUUGCAGGGCUGCACCUAUUACAUAUUACCAAAGCGUAUCGAAUGUUGAAAAGGAAACGUUAAAGAUCCAAAAUAAAUAAAUAAAAUAGCUAGAAUUCAUCCAAAUUCCAAAUUUUCAAAGAUAGCCUCAAUUUGUUUAAUUCAAUAUCGGAAGUUUAUAUUGAAAAUGUAAUAAUUAGCCAAACAAAUAAUGUCAUCAGGUAGGCUGUUAUAUAUUAUGGUUGACUAUUUAAUGUUCCAGUCACUUACCCUCAAGCCCGCCACUGCCUCUGGAUGCUGGUGUCCCAUAUAUGUGGUCUCAAUAAUGCUGUUUUGCAUGACCAAUUACAACGAAUGCAAUGAUGUUUCAGGCUGCUGGUAUGGGUGCUGGCCAUAACGUUUCCUUCAACCGGAGUAAGCCAUGGUUGAGUAAGGCCUAAGCCAUUCUCUUGAUAGGUGGUCUGUUUGCUUUAGUUGGCUCGAUGGGGAUGAGACGAUUUAACAGAAAGAUGCCUGCAUUAGAAAGAAGCAAGAAAUGACAAAUGCUGAUGUAAUUGUAGAAGGUGCACAGCAAAACCAUGGACUGGAUUCCGGUGUUUGUUUGGAAUGGACUCAGCAUUGUAGGUGUCCUGCUGUGUCUUGAACAGGAGUUGGUUAAAUGUCACUGUAAAAAAAAAUCCAGAUGGCUCACAUCAAAUGUGGCCAGUGCUCUUUGAUUUUGGAGAUUAGUUUCCAUGUAAUUCUUUGGCUUGCACCAGACAUGGGCUCGAGAGCUGAAUGCAUUUCCAACAUAAUUGUGCAGAAGAAUGAAAGAGAAAAUUGAGGUCACGUGCAUGCACACACAGCACUCCAAUUUACACACUAAACAUGCAAGGUAUGCCAGCAUGGAAAAGUGGGAGAUAAUUUUCUGAGCUGAAAACAAUAAAAAAAAAUCUACGUAGUUACAAAUUACCACAUUUGAAGCAGAGUAGUGAAGAGGCAUGCGAAAUGCAAUUCAAUUAUGAAUACUUUCUAUCAGUACAGUAGUAACAGCCCAAUUUAGCCAUUAGCAGCACAAUUUAUUUUUAUGCCAUCUUAUGGGCUUGAUGACAACUAUGUUUUCUCAAACGCGGACGUUUAGCAGAGUUCUGAGGAUUUUUCUGUUGCACAUCACAUUGUGUUAUUAUAAAUUGGCAAGUUUUUGAUGAUUGAAUUAAUACUUUCUUUUGUUGCUCAUUGUUAAUGCAGAAUUCGGGUUUUUGACCCUGCGUAAACAACAGCAGUCCAUACGUACCAGCUGCUGUACUGAUGUUGGAGCAGCACUGUGUGCAUGCAUAGAUUCACUCCUGGAAAAGCUAACGCAUGCUUUGAUAUUGUGAAUGUGACAUGACCAAAAUGAAGGCCAUUUCGUUGGAACUGGUGACUUCGAACUCAAAUGCGAUGGCACUACCUCUGGGUCACUAGGUAUCAUUUAUGUGGUUUGAAGAACGCACGGUGGAUGAUAAAGAAAGCAUGCGUGAUUCCAUUCCCAAUAACUCUUAAAGCCAUCACAGCAAUGCAGUAAAAAAUGUCCUGCUAUUGACCCUUCACCAACGUGGCCAAUACAUUUAAUCUGAAUUAGUGGUUCACAACACAAAUGCUUUCUACUUGUUUCCAAGUUCUGCAACAUGGACUGGGUCACAGCAGAAUGCUGAAAUGGGUGCAUUCGUACAUUUCAACAUCUAAUCAAUGGACAUCAACCCAAUGUUUUGAGUCUACCACUCUUCUCAAGUCACACACCAAACUGGCAUCAGCUGGAUUAUGAAUCAGGGUGUAUCUGUGGAUUGUUACAUAAAAUGGAAAAUAUUUUCCAAAAAACAACACGGGUGUUUCACACUAAUUAUAUCAGAAAUGUGUUCAUAAGGUGCAUUUAUGUUUAUAAUUCGCCUUGUUAAUUUCCCAGUUUGUGGGCAUAUACAAAUCUGAUAAACCCCAAGGCUUUAAAGUUUAUUGGAACUGAGAUCAUCUGCAGGUGAGAUUGGUCGAAGAAAAUUGUGCACCGUUGAAAAACUUGACAGCACACACUCCUCUAAAGACAAACUGGCUUCAGAACAUGAUUAAACAGUGCCUGUGUCGAAUUACGACAGUACACGGUAACGCCCAUGUUUCUGAGAUCUUUGUAAUUUGAAGCAUGCGUUUGCCAAUUCGAAAGUUUCUCUCGGCGUAAUUUUUUUUCUGGCCUGCAAAAUGAAUGUUUACGAUCUUAGGAUGUGCAUGUAGCACUCAACUUGAAAACCUGUCCAACUUUAUGCGUUUUGGUUUUCAUCAACUGAGGUGCUACGUGAUACGAGGGCAUUAUGAACGAUUGUGACAGCGCAGAAGUUAAAUCCAUCCAGUGGUAAUGUAGAUGAUGCAAAAUGUAUGCAUGGAGUUCAUAAACUUAUAUUUGUCAAGAUGAUAACAACAGAGUAAUGGUGAUGAAACCAUUCCAAGCCAUAACGAUUUUGAUUUUAACUCAUACUUUCUAUAUUGUGGAACAUGCAACUCAAAAUUAAUUAAAUCUAACGUAGACAUUAAAGAGACAUUUCUUUAUUGGAAAACAGUCAGUGAUUCACCUUAUAUGAUAUAAUUUUUGCGGGUUAUUCCUUCUACUUAUUGGAAACCCAUUGAAUGACACCAUGAUAUUUAACAAUGUAUUUGAGGAUGGAAAUGCGCGUCGGUUGUGGUGUCCUUUACCAUGCACAGCUUCGGAGUUCUGGUUGGAAUGGUUUAAUGGCAAACCAAACAAUGUAUCUGAGAGACCGUUUUCAUAUUGCCAGGAGACACUGGGCAGAGAAAUGGGCCGUUGGCAUUGGCACUAUGCUACACAAGCUCAAUGAAAACAUUGUUGAGGUCCAAGUCAUCCGUACUCAUAAAGUCACUCCCCUUUUAACAGAAGCUUCAUCUUAGCGGCAUGAAUCUUGGUAUUUCAUUGGAUUCUAGUCGGUGUGGUUGUGAGUGAAAACAACAAAGCAAUGAAAUCUUACAGCCCAAUGACGCUGACAGUAACAUGGAUUUUUUAAAAGAGAAAUACUCGUGCAAUAUUUGGACACAAUAUUACGAAUACAUAAAUCGUCGUAAACAAUUACCACAGCACACAUCUUAUUUAAUUGUGCUACAGGGGCUUUAAAGACCAUCGACAGUACCCAGGAGGUUGGUAUAGAAUAUUUACAGGAAAGUUUGGUACCCAGUUUCAUUGCUCGGGCAUGGGUUAAACUCUAAACAAGACCGUGAUUCGCACUAGAAACCUGAUGUCAAAAUGUGGACAGUAUUGUUCACAUUCUAGAUUUGAAGCUUUCGUGACUGCAAGGAUUCAUACUCUUAGGUUUUUUCGGUAA